UAUUGGUCUUCGUCGCUAAGACGACGAGUCAGUUUCCGCUUCCUGUGGACCAGAAAAAAAAAAGUCUGAAAUCUUCUUGGGAUUGGAUUUCUGCUUGCUGCAAACAAGGCUUUUAAUCAAAGUAAAAAAAAAAAAAAUACGAAGAUAAAUACAUUCCUACCGAUAUAGGGUUGCUACCAUGAAGAAGAUUGGUAAAAAAUAAAUCGGUUUAAUACAACAAGAUAUAUGUAUUUUAAGAACAUCAGUAAUAGCGAAAUUUCCGCAGUCAGCAGGUAUUGUUGUUAUUUUGGGGGGGUCCAGUGAAAAAUGGAAAAGGAAGAAUCCGACAGUCUAAUAGAGAAAGCAAAGCUGUGUUUGCGGUCCGGACGAAGAGAUAAAGCGCUGCAGUUAUUAUACGAAGCACAGAAAUUGUACCCAAGUACGAGGGCACGAGCUUUAAUAGAUGCAAUCACACGGAAUGGGAGUGCAGCCGGUGAAGGGAGUAGCAUUCCUGAAUAUCAAGGAAGGAGGAAGCCUGGUAAUGAAGACGAGCCUGUACAUGGAACAGGGGGGGAUGCUCAGAGCUACACUGAAGAGCAGGUGCAGGGCGUUCACAGGAUAAAGAAAUGUAAGGAUUAUUAUGAGAUCCUGGGUGUAACCAAUGAUGCCAGCGAUGAAGAUUUGAAGAAAGCCUACAGGAAACUGGCACUGAAGUUUCAUCCAGAUAAAAACUGUGCCCCUGGUGCAACAGAUGCAUUUAAAGCAAUAGGCAAUUCGUAUGCAGUCCUCAGCAAUCCAGAGAAGCGCAGGAGAUACGAUCAGUUUGGGGAUGAGCAGCAGAUGGAGAACACAGCGCACACAGCACACCACCACAACUUCUACAGGGAGUUUGAAGCAGACGUCACACCAGAGGAGUUGUUUAAUAUAUUCUUUGGAGGAAGGUUUCCUACAGGAAAUAUCCAUGUGUAUACAAACAGAGGAGCAACGUUCAGUCAUUAUUACCAACCCCGUCGUCGUCGAAUGAAUGAGAGGAGGGAGGAGGAAGCAGCAGAAGAAAAUAGAAGCCAGAACACUUUCACAGCAUUUCUCCAGCUGUUACCAGUGCUAGUGCUCAUAUUCAUCUCCGUCAUAACCCAGCUGAUGGCAUCCAAUCCUCCCUACAGUUUAUUCUAUAAACCCGCUUUAGGUCUGGUUGUGUCAAGAGAAACACAAAACUUGGGAGUGCCAUAUUACGUGGACAAAGGAUUUGAAAAAGAAUACCAGGGAGCCUCACUAAGAGAGCUAGAAAGCACUAUUGAGACCGAUUACAUUGAUUACCUUCAAACCAGCUGCUGGAAGGAUAAGCAGCAAAAAACUGAUUUGGCCAAUUUAGGCAGAUUAUACAGGGAUGAGCGACUGAAGCAGAAAGCAGAUUCAAUGAAGCUUGAAAACUGUGAAAAACUGAACAGGCUGAUUGGGAGGCAAAGAGGGGAAUGAAACAGGUGUCCCUGCUCAAUUCAGGCUGAGCCUUGAAUCCUCCUCCUCUUGUCAGGGCAGUGGGAUUUCAAUUCAAAUCAUUUCAAGUUUGUAAAUAUGUUAGAUUGCACACAACGUUAGCUUCAUCUUAGAUUGAAUGACUGGUGAACAUAUUUCAAGGUGUGUAGAUGGUGAAUGAGGUUUGUCACCCUGACAGAGAGAGAUACAGCAUUCUCUUUGUGUGUGUGUGGUUUGCACCUGUUUGAAAAGGAAAUCCCUUUUAUUUUCCUUAUAUUAAGGAAUAGCAUUACUGUAAGCGUCCAUUGCUUUUCUUGUAACUGUUAUUUGCGCGCGCACACACACACACACACACACACUGCUAAAAUAACUUGAUGUUAUGUUACUUAUCACAGUCCAUUUAUAUUCUGUAGUAAGUUAGCAUGAGGGCAAUUACACAAAUGUUUGUUAUGUUUCUUAUUUUUGUCUCAGGAAUGUGGCCUAGUUCAAAACAAUUCAUGACUCGUUUUAGGAAAAGUAACACUUUUUUGUGUCUUCAAACAAAAUCUGCUUUUGGUAAAUGUGUUUUUUCCUUUCCCUCAGUUUAAAUCAGAAGUCGUGCAACCAAAGCUUUAGACUCUUCCUCAGCUCUCAUGAGCAUAGCUAUCAUCCCUAAUGGUUGUUGUGACUGUUAUGUAGGUGAAGCCCACCUGCAUUCCUCUCCCAUGCCCUUCUUGUGUUACAGUAUAGGACCCCGCAUCAUUUCCUAUGGGGGGGAGGGGGGGAGGG